AGUAGUACUACUACUUCAACACCAUCAUGGGAAUCCUAAACGUCGCAAUCAUUGGAGCUGGCCCUGCCGGUCUCACAUUGGCAAAAUUAUUGCAAAACAAAUCCAUUAAUUGUACGGUCUUCGAAAAAGACUCUGACCAGUAUGCAAAGAACCGCGGCGGUUCGCUGGAUCUACACCCAGACUCCGGACAAUCCGCCUUGAAAGAGGCUGGUCUUCUCAACGAGUUCCAAAAGCUUGCCAGGCCUGAGGGAGAGACUCUACGAAUAUUCUCACCCGAUGGCACCGUACUAAUGGACGAAAGUAGAGGUGAACCAGGACGUCCCGGAGAAUUCGCUAACAGACCUGAGAUCGACCGCCGACAGCUGCGCGACCUUCUUCUCGAGUCGCUCACGCCUGGCACCGUGCACUGGGGCUCUAAGUUGCUCAAAAUCAACACACAGGAAAACUCGAAACUGACUCUACUCUUCAUGGGUGGUACUGAGGAACAUGACUUCGACUUAAUUGUCGGCGCUGACGGGGCGUGGUCCAAAGUUCGACCUAGUAUCAGCGAGAUCCAACCAUUUUACGCGGGUGUAAGUGGUCUAGACUGCCGCAUCCCCGACGUGGAUGCCAAACAUGCAGAGCUGGCGGCGCACGUCGGAGGAGGCAUGUGUCUCAACCUAGGGUCGAAUAAGGGGCUUAUGUGCCAGCGAAACGGCGACGGGUCGAUUCAAGUUUAUGCUUUCGCCAGGCUACCGAGUGACUGGUACUCGGCAUGUGGUAUUGACUUCACCCAUCCAGAUGCACGGAAGCAAGUCGUUGAUGCGCUCUUUCCGGAGUACAAUAGCCUGCAAAAGUCUCUAGUGCUAGAUAGUCAUCCGGAUACCGUAGGGCGGCAGCUGUACAUGCUUCCCGUUGGUUUCCAGUGGCCGCAUAAUCCAAGGAUCACACUUAUAGGCGACGCAGCUCAUCUCAUGACUCCGUUUGCUGGAGUUGGUGUCAACUUGGCCAUGAAAGACGCAUUAGAACUUGCGCAUGCCAUAAUUGGGAGUGCGAAUUUUCAUGAAGACUUGUCGUCAUGGAGUGGGCACCUUCACAAGUUUGAAGUAGACAUGUGGGAGCGCGCAGAGCAGAACGCAAAAGCUACGAUCAUGUACCAGGAUUUAUUUUUCCAUGAACGCGGCGGUAUCGCCAUGGUGGAACAUUUCGCAAAGAGGCGGAUGGAAGACGAACAGAAGUCGCAGUCUGGGGACCAAGAAUAAAAUGAAAGAAUUCUCCUAUUUUUAUUUAACUUAACUCAUGAAUUUACACAGCGUGAACUUUGGAG